CGAAAUUUUUGAUGAUCAGCUACAAUGUCGAGCUUGUUCUCAGACUACUCAACUAGUCCUACCUUGUACUGCAGCGAAGUAGCCGCCGAUGUGGUUUCCUCAAAUGCCCACGUCUGUGAAGACCAUGAAUAUUUUCAUACGACUCUGGAUUGGCUGCCGGACGAUGAGAGCUCUAUUGUUGGCAUCUUCGAUUCUGAGAACCAUCAAAUGCUGGAAAUUGAAUCAAUACAUCGCCUACGUGGAAAUACUGCUGUUGUCGGCGCUAGAAAAGACUCUGUCAAUUGGAUGUUGAAGGUGCAUGCUUACUACAAUUUUAGGCCUGAAACGGCAUAUCUUUCUGUAAACUAUAUGGAUUGUUUUCUCGCCUCUCAUACAUUGCCGCAAGGGAAAGGGUGGCCGCUGCAGCUGUUAUCCGUUGCUUGCUUGGCCCUGGCAGCAAAAAUGGAAGAAACAAGCGUGCCCCUUCUGUUAGACCUGCAGGUGAAGGGAAACAAAUUCUUGUUCAAGCCCAAGACAGUUCAAAGGAUGGAGCUUUUAGUCAUGUCCAAUCUCAAGUGGCGAUUGCGCAGGACUACCCCUUUUGAUUUUCUCCACUAUUUCGUUGCUAAGCUUUCAUGUCAGCUUGCCUCUCCACUAAAUGAUUGCAGCCAAGUUUUGUCCCGUGCCUCAGAUCUUAUUAUCAGCACAUGUCAUGUGAUUGACUUCUUGGAUUAUCCUCCAUCCUCAAUAGCAGCAGCUGCCGUGCUAUGUGCAACAGAUCAAAAUAUGGAAGACCAGGAGUACUUGAGCUACUUCCAUAUGAGAGUAAGCAAAGAAUUGGUGAAAAAAUGUCGCAAUCUUAUGAAGCAGAAGAAGUGCUUGCUGCCACACAUUAAACAACAAAAGUUGCAGCCAAGUCCUGUUGGCAUGCUUGAUGCAGCGAUUGGCAGAAGCUGCAAUGGUCAAAGAACUGGGCUAACAAGGAUUUGAAGUCAAGCCAAGAGUCACCAGGGAACUAGCUAGUGCUGAAAUUAAUUAGAUGUUUUUUUUCUUCUUCUUCUUUUUAAUAGCCUCCCAUUUCUUCAAUUCUUUGAAGGAUUCUUUUAAUUAAUUAGUUUGUGCGUGGCUACUGCAAGAUGAUUGUGAUUUGUGA